AUGGAUGUUAAGGACAAGGCCAGCUUCACCUCCCUUUAUACUGUGGGAAAGUUGCUGGGAGAAGGAGGGUGUGGUUCCGUAUACGCAGGGACCCGCAAAGCUGAUGGGAAACAGGUGGCCAUCAAAUACGUGACUUCAAGCUUUUCGAAGAGACAUCUGACAAUUCCUGGAGAGUCCCAGUCCCUCCCCCUGGAGGUGGCCCUGAUGGAGCUGGUGUGCCGCCCUCCUGCCUGCUCCCAUGUUAUCCAGCUGCUGGACUGGUUUGAGGAGCCAGAGUAUGUGAUUCUGGUUCUGGAGCUGCCAUCCCCCUGCCUGGACGUGUCCACGUUCACCAAGCAGCUGGGGGGCUACAUGGAGGAGAGCCUGGCCCAGGUCAUCAUGCAGCAGGUGGUGCAGGCGGCAUUGCACUGCCGUGAGAGGGGUGUCCUGCACAGGGACAUUAAGUCAAAGAACCUCCUCAUCCAGACCGAUGAUUUCCACGUGAAACUCAUCGAUUUUGGAUGUGGAGAUCUCCUUAAAGAAGACCCCUACAGGCAGUUUGCAGGAACGAGGCCGUUCCGCCCUCCUGAGUGGGUGAGGGAUGGGGAGUACCACGGGCGCCCUGCUACCAUCUGGUCCCUGGGGGUACUCCUGUACGUUCUGGUGUGUGGUGCUCACCCAUUCAGACGAGAGGAGGACAUCAUUGCUGCAGAUCUGCAAUUUAAACCAGGACUGUCCACAGAUUGCAGGAAUCUGAUCCGGUGGUGCCUGCAAAAGGAUCCCAGCAAACGGCCAGCCCUGGAGCAGAUACUCCAACACGAUUGGAUGAGGUCAUAG